UGUGAAAAGAAACUCAGCUCAAAUCAAUCGAACUGUUCUAGAUCUAAAUGGCUGAGUCGCCCUCGCCCUCUUCCCCACCGAUCUUCUCCGCCGGACAACCUCAACAACAAGACAAAGGGGAUCCUCUAAUUCCUCCCCGCAGGUAUGUCUGGACGGACUCCGGCGGCUACGGCUAUGGCCCUCUGGACCUCGCUGGAGUUCCGUCGGCUACAGAUAUCCCUGUCUUUGAUUUCGCCCAACUCCAAUUCGAUCAGAACCUCCACACCCUCCGCCGAGCUCUAACCUCCUGGGGCUGCUUUCAGGUAGUAAACCAUGGAAUUGAAGUUUCUUUGCUCGAAAAACUCCGCAACCUUAGCCGAGAAUUUUUCCAUCUUCCGACGAACGAAAAGCAGAAAUGCGCGAGAUCAUCCGACGGCUACGAAGGCUACGGCAGCGAUCCUGUCCUCUUCGAGAACCAAUCCGUCGACUGGAACAAUAGGCUUUAUCUCUUAGUACUCCCACAAGACGACCGGAAGCUCAAAUAUUGGCCCGAAAAUCCCAAAUCUUUCAGGGAUACAUUGAUUGAGUAUACGAAUCGAGUUAGACGGGUCCAAGAUGAGCUUCUUAAAGCAAUGGCGAAGUCUUUGGGGUUACAAGACGAUUGUUUUGUGAAACAAUUUGGCGAACGCCCCACAAUUUACGCGAGAUUUAAUUAUUACCGGCCUUGCGCUUGGCCGGACAAAGUUUUGGGGUUGAAACCACACGCGGAUGGUUCCGGGAUAACGGUUCUUCUUCAAGACGAGGAUUUGGAAGGACUUCAAGUCUUGAAAGAUGAUCGAUGGCUCCAAGUUCAGACAUUGCCUCACGCGUUGCUAGUUAACGUUGGAGACCAGAUCGAGAUAAUGAGCAACGGAAUAUUCAAGAGCCCGGUGCAUAGAGCUAUUACAAACUCGGAUAAGGAGAGGAACACGUUGGUUAUGUUUUGUAGUCCGGAUCCGACGCAAGAGAUCGAACCUGUCGAGGAACUUGUCAGCGAGUCGCAGCCGAGGUUGUUCAAGAAAGUACGAGGAUACGAUCGAAUUUUUUUCCAACACUAUCAGCAAGGGAAAAGACCCCUCGACGCAGUUAGAAUUUAAUUUUGUUUUUUUUGGAAAGAAUUUUACUGUUGCAUAAAAUGGUUCACAAUUCUGAGCAUAGUUAGUAUUUUGAAUGGUACAAUUUUUCAUAAAUAUUAUUUAAAAAUUAUACUUU